GAGACUUGUCCCGAGUGCACCGGGUCCGGUGGUCCCUUCCUUUCUUGCCUUGUUUCCUUUCGUUUCUUCUCAUCUCAGCCCGUUACGUUUAGGGAUAGGCCCGAGGCCGGGCCAUGGCAAACCGGACAGUGAAAGAUGCGCACAGCAUCCACGGCACUAACCCGCAGUACUUGGUGGAGAAGAUUAUUCGCACCCGCAUCUAUGAGUCCAAGUAUUGGAAGGAAGAGUGCUUCGGCCUCACAGCUGAACUGGUUGUGGACAAAGCCAUGGAACUGAGAUACACUGGUGGAGUUUAUGGUGGAAACAUCAAGCCUACACCAUUCUUGUGCUUGACCUUGAAGAUGUUGCAGAUACAACCUGAAAAAGACAUCAUUGUUGAAUUUAUAAAGAAUGAAGACUUCAAGUAUGUGAGAUUGCUGGGAGCAUUGUAUAUGAGACUAACUGGUACUGCCAUAGACUGCUACAAAUAUCUUGAACCUUUGUACAACGAUUAUCGAAAAAUAAAAAGCCAAAAUAGAAAUGGGGAGUUUGAGCUAAUGCACGUGGACGAGUUCAUUGAUCAACUGCUCCAUGAUGAGCGUGUUUGUGAUAUCAUUUUACCUAGACUACAGAAACGUUACGUUCUAGAAGAAGCUGAACAAUUGGAAACACGGAUUAGUGCUUUGGAAGAGGAUAUGGAUGAUGUGGAGUCAAGUGAAGAUGAGGAAGAGGAGGAUGAAAAGAUGGAGAGAGCUCCCUCUCCUGAUCACAGGAGAAGAGGCUACAGAGAUCUAGACAAGCCUCGCAGAUCUCCAACUCUGCGUUACAGGAGAAGCCGAAGCAGAUCUCCUAGAAGGCGAAGCCGAUCUCCAAAGAGGAGAAGUCCAUCACCACGCCGGGAAAGGCAUCGCAGUAAGAGUCCGAGGCGACACCGAAGUAGAUCUAGAGAAAGACGUCACAGAUCAAGAUCUAAAUCUCCAGGGCAUCAUCGUAGCCACAGACAUCGCAGCCAUUCCAAGUCCCCAGAGAGAUCUAAAAAGAGUCAUAAGAAGAGUCGUCGAGGAAAUGAAUGACCCUAAACAGUUCAGGAAUCAGAGCCACUUUUUAAAUAAAUAAAUAAAUAAAUGACACAUCAGGAUGGGUAGAAGCUGUCAUGGCAGCUAACAAUUUUUUGUAUUAACUUAGCUUCUUGGACAACAAAGUAUUGUUCAAUAUCUUUGUUUAACUCAGUGGGAAGUUCUUUCAAUGUAUAUUCUGAUCAUAUUUGCUCUUUCUACAAGGAAAGCAUGUGUGUUAUGCUAGGAGACAUGUAUGUCGUUUAACGUUCUUUUGAAACAUUAUAAACCUAUUCAUUGCAAGACCUGUUACUAAAGCCUUACAUAUUAGGCUUUUCUAUAAUGGUUUUUGGUCUAAUUUUUAUGUAACUCCAAAUUUUAACAUAGCCAAAAAGCUGGCAAAAACAAUUCUGUAGAGAAUUAUUUGUAGGUGUGGGGAAGAUAGAAAACUACUAUUGUAAUUUCUUUAUUAAAAUAUUUGAUAAGCAAGCUGCAGUACAAA